CCUGACCAAAGACUUUGCUCACUCACAUUGUAGAAGACCUGUGUCGGUCUCAGCUGGAGCAGAAAAAACAGGGGAAAGAAGAAGUGUAGAAAACGGGCGAAAGGAAACAAAAAGGAUAUGAAAAGAACAUGAAAGAAAGGAAUCGUCAUUAAACACACUACGAAGUUCUUUCUUUCCCUCUCUUCCUCCAUCUCGCACCUCUCUCAGUUUAAUCUUAAAUCCACUCCAAUUUCCCCAGAGGGACUCAAUUCUCUCUUUUCCUUGAGAGACAGAAGGAGAGGGGUCCAUUCCUCCUGGUAGAGUGACACCAGGAAUUUCCUCUCUCUCCUCCCCAGACCUCCCCUCCACCAUGACGCUACUGGCCUCUGAGAGGUCUCUUCUCAUCCGGAACAAGUUCCGCUCAGUCCUGCAGUUGAGGAUUCAGAACCGAAGGCAGAGUGAAAUCAAUGCAGACCCUGGGUUGAAAUCUGCGUGCUCCCCUAAAAAAGCAGAGAAAGACCAGAGUGAAGCUCUGCGUCUAACUGAGGGUGGCGCCGCUCAGAAGUUGCCCCCUUGUGGUCUGAAUACUGAAACUGCACAAGAGAGGACUGUGUGCGGGGCCCAGAGGCAGAAGAAGUCUCGUCAGACGCAGGACCUCACUGAGAGGAUCCAGCGUCCACCUGGGCCUGUGGAGCCACAGCACAAACACACACUGCCCCUGGAGAACCGCCCUGCCUCUUUCCCUCUGUCUGCUGAUGUCUUCGAAGAUGACAUUUCCUCCUGCCCCUCCUCCUCGCCCACAGAACAACAUGGCGUUCACCAAUCACCAGCCUUUACGUCAUUGCCGGGGCUCUCAGGUGACCAAUUACUGAGUGACUUCUCGGCCGUGGGCCCGUUCCUCAAACACAGCCCCGUUCACGCUCAGUCUGGUUUGGCGUUGCUCCCGGCAACCGAGGGCAUCAGACAACCUAUGAGUGAAUCAAACUCCAUGGCAACAACUGGGAGACCAAAUGGGAUGUAUCUGACCUCUCAGACCACACCCCUGCUGCCAAAGACAGCACGGCCCCACAGCCCAACCUGCUCCUCCUCAUUGCCUUCCUCCCUCAACUUCAACCAUCUCCCCCGCCCACGGAAACCACGGGACACCAAACCCAAAAUGAGGAAACUCAAAUAUCACCAGUACAUUCCUCCAGACCAGAGAGCAGGGUCUGGGACUGGAGGAGGAGCCAAACAGAAGAGCCCUACUCCGACCCAGUCUUUAGACCCAGCCUACUCCCAUCUCCUGAAGCAGCAGCAGGUCUUCCUCCAGCUGCAAAUCCACCAGAACCAGCAACAGCAACUACAACAACAGCAACAACUACAAUCACAACAACAGCUCACUGUUGUUCCCAGCGGAGAGCACAAUGAUGUGAAGUCCUCUGGAGCCAUGCCCCUGAAUCCCCAACCUGUUCCCGCCACAACAAGCCACAACCCGACAGACACAAACCCUGCGUCCAAGCCUGAGAUUCUCCCUGCAAAUCUUGUUGAUCUAACAGUGUCAGAGUUGCGGCAGCAGCUACGUAAGCGUGGCCUCCCUGUCUCCGGCACCAAGCCUGCUCUGUUGCAGCGUCUCCGCCCGUUCCAGCUUCCCCACUCCUGCCUCACCCCUGCUCCCCUCUGCCAGCUAGGUACCAGCCUGGAGCCGCUCACCCCCUGCCCCUCGCUGCCACCCAGCCAGAGCCCCGGCUCAAGCUCCAGCUCUGGACGAGACUCCCCCAGCAGCAGCCCGAACCAACAGAUGUACGUCCCGCACAGGGGAGUUCCUAAUGGGAUUCUCAAUGACGCUCAAAAUGGAAUUCUGAACAGCGUGACGAACGGUUUCUCGAAUGCUGCGCCAGUCAGUUUGGCUGGUGAACAGUGUCUUUCCAACGCUGUCUUCCUGGCUCCUGCCAGCACCGCCUCAGGAACUCCAAGUCCCAGUUUACCCAUGUCGUCGUCCUCGCCCAUGCAGUGUGGGACUCCUUGGAGAACUGAGAACGAGCAGCAGCAGCAACAGCAGCAGGAGCUAAGUGUGGAGCUGGAGAUGAGGGAGAGGUUACGGAGCAGGCCCAGGGACCACUCCACUAUCACCGGCAACGAGUCUUGUGGAGGAUCCCUUCAUCCGUUCCUGCAACAGGAUCCUGGAUGCUCCAGACGGAAACCAGAAACGGACACACAGACAGAGGUGUUGUUUACACAGGUGUUUUGCUGCCAGCCGUGUGAUAUGAUUGGCCAGGAUUUUGAGCUGCCAGUGCAGAUUACAGCAAGUCCAGUUCAGACGUUGUCCUGUGUUCGCAGCUUGGAGGAAGAACUACAGGAGGCUAUCCAGAAAGCACAGAUGGACCCUCGGCAAUCCAUAGAUGACAUUCUGGAUGAGCCCCUGACUUGUGUUGGCUCUGUCAACGUCUGUGAUCAUAAAUCCCCUGCCCACUCAGUCCCCGGCCCUUCGCCUCAUCCUCCUUCUCAAGCCGAUCAGUCCCAGGCCUCCCAGCUGCACAAGGAUGACAGCUUCCUCCCCUCCCCUCUUUGCUCCUCUCUCUUGCUGGAGCUCCCUCCGUCUCCUGCUGUUAUAAACCCCAGCCAGGUGAUCCCAGCUCCACUACCACCACCACCCAUCUGUACUUCCCCUCUGCCGUCCACUGGGAAGUCACGUAAACGACGGGCUCCAACAUCGUUUGACGCUGCCGACUGGCUUGAAACUCUGACGUCCGGCCUCCGUCCUCUUACUCCGCCGGCAGCUCCUUUUGUUGAGUCAGACUUCAGUCUGGAUUCAGAUCUGAAUGUCAGUCGAGUGUUGGAUCUAAUGAUAGAGAAGUGGUGAGGAUUUGUGUGCAUGCAUCUGUUUGUAUGUAUAAUAGGUCAGUGUUUCUUGAUGGUCAUGAAUGGGGCAAACAUGCAUCCCACUGAGGGAACAAGAUUGUGAAUAGCGGCCUCCAUCUGUCCAUCCUUUAUUGCAAGGCUGUCAGAGUCACUGGCUCCACGCAAUGUGGAGAGCUGGAUCCAUUGCAGCGAGCAGAUUAAACAUGGCUUUGAUGGGGCAUCGAGAGCACAAACACACACACACGCACACAAACACACACAUAGACGCUGCAGAAUGCUGUUUAAAGGCACUUGGGCUCAGCCAGAAAUGGCAAACAAGCAACACAUCUGUGGAUUGACACACUCGACAGCACAAUGUUUGCAGUGCAAAACAAAAGAAAACCUGGUGGCAUAUUCAUUUAAACAUGCUUCCUGGUUGCGCCGGGAGAAUGUUGUUUCUGACUUAUCUCCAAGAACCGUUGUCGGAUUGGGUUGAGUGUGGCCCCUGGUGUUGACUCAGUCAUUGAGUCCUAGCCAUUCAUGAAGCCCAUUUAGAGUGUGUAAAAGCCAGACAGAGUGCACAGCUUGUGUGUGGCUCCAGACCUUAACCCCGGUGCCAGACACACAGUCGGCAUGCAGAGGGAGAAAGCUGGCAGAAGUUGCAAACAAGCGGUGUGUGUGUGCGUGCUCUCGUGUGUACAUGCGUGUGCGUGUGCAAAAUCUUGUGUGUUGUGUGAAGUAUGUGUGCGUUAAAUAUGUCUGACUGUGUGUGACUGAGGACAUAAGGCUGCUUCUGUUUUGUACGUGUCAACACCCAACUGCUUCCAUGUACAUUUAUUAGCAUUAAUGCCUAAUGCACUAUUUAUUUGUUUGCUUGCAAUCAAGUGUGCGUGUUUGUAUGCGUAGUAUGAUUGAACUGUGAGAGGAUACAUGUGAAAGACACAGAAAAAAAAGCUGUGGAUCUCUGCGUCCACAUUUCAGACCAGACAUUUUAUUGUAGGCUCAUUGCCAGCAGGCAGUAACUCCAGUGUAGUUACCCAGUGUAAUCAUCAGAACAGCCACAUUACCUUGUUCAAGUCACCAUUCUCCAGGAGAGCAAUCAGGCAACCACCCCAAAAAUAGUCCCCAUAUAAAUGCUCCAAUCAGACAAGUUAGAGUUUCCUCAUCGCUUUGCAAAACAGGUGGUCAUUUUGUUCCCUGAUUAAGCCCCUACCGUGUCUGGCCCGCUGCACGGUGCUUACCCUGCUACUAGCAAAGCCAGAUUUAGCACAAUUUAUAACCCAACAUCAAGGCCGCACCUGUUCACUUAGUGUA